GGUUGUGGCCAUGAUGGCUCUAGUGGUGGGAGUGGUGGUGGUGAUAGUGGUGGCAAAAGGGGUGAUAGUGGUGGUGUUAGUGGUAUACCGAACAUAGAUAAGGCUGGGCUCUCUACACACGUACAAACAUUACUGUGGGGAUGUAGCAGUAGUGUAUCUUCAGAAGCGGCUUACCAUGGAUCACCUGCAGCGUCAGUCCAGCGAGUACCUCAUCAGUCAGAAUCAAGGAUUCCUCUCCAAGGUGAAAGAUGAAGAGGUUCCAAAAAUGCUCUUUCUCUCCGUCAACCCUACCAAGGUGGUGGAGGAGGUGGAAAAGGCAUUACCAAUAAGUUCGAGCUCCACCUCUCAAGACGAAGACGCUGUCGGCGUCGGACACACCCAUACCACCGGUGACUUCAAAUCCGAGGGAGGUUCCGACUCCGUCUCCAGACUACUUCAGAAAUUCGAGUCGGCUCUGAAGGAGAAAUCCAUCUCUCCGGUGCGUCGUGAGCUACAGCUGCGACUUCUUAAACUCUCCAGUAUGGAACUCUGCCGCACCAACAGCCUCAGCACACUAGAAAGCAAUUUUUCUGAUGAGAGCGACCAGCUAAGUAACGAGGAAGAAGACGUCCUGGAGUUCACAGAGAUCUUUGAGAUGUUCAACUACUCGGCGCCAGAGUCCAUCAAGACCAACUUCGGUAACAUUAUAGCCUCCAAGAAGAUCCCCGUCAGAGCAGAUUUCGGGACCAUCAACAAAAAGACGUUCUUUGUGUACGCCGAGAAUAAAAUUAUGAUGAAAAUUUGUGACUUACUCUCGGCAAAUGAUGUCUUCAAGAUGUACAAAGUUCUCCGAGAGUCGAAAGCAGUCGAACAAGACGAUAUACAAGAUCUCCUGUCGCAGCCUAUAGACCAUAAGACCCUGCAGAAAGUAAAGGGACUGAAGGACGUGGCUUUCUAUUACCUAAUUUUAAAUUUAAUGAGAAAACAAAUGCUGAACAGACUCUACACACACAAACUCAACUUUAUAUUCCAUCAACUGAAGCAAAUGAAUGAGCAAGAUAGCACUCCAUGCCCCCACAUCGACCGUGUCCUCUCCAACCUCAAUCGAUACACUGUGGCUUCACGUCCCCCGGGUCUUUGCCUUAUAUUUAUUAUGUUAGAAAAUCGUUCUGGAGCUGCAAAAGACCUCGCGAAGGUCAGGGACCUGUUCGAAAAAGUCUUCAUGUAUGAUGUUUUCGUGAAGAAGGACCCUACGGCUGAAGAUAUCAAAACAAUCGUCAGUAAACUGAAGGCCGCCAGGAACAAGUUUUACGACAGCUUGGUGGUAUGGUUCAUGGGUCAUGGUGACAAGACCAACUUGGCUGUAAAGGACGGACCAAUCCACCGUCGCAUCGGUCUCAUUGAACCCUUCAUUGAACUCGAGUGGUUUGUCCAGAAGCCCAAACUAUUCUUCAUACAAGCAUGUUCAGUCAAGGAAAACAGGAAAAAGUUUUCAGUGUCAUCCACCUCAGAACCGAAGGGGCUGACAUCGGAAACAGACUCAAUAGGAUGGCGGGCGUCAGCAGGGGCACAGUGGCAGGAUAAGUAUGCUGAGUAUGCCGACGUCUCCAAAGUCAAUUCCUUCGCUGAUACUCUCAUCUCCUACGCUACCAUGUGGUACCAAUAUGCCUCCAGGAACGAGGAAGGUUCUCUGUACGUGGACACACUGGUGGACCAACUGCGUGAACACGGUACUAAGGAGAGCAUAGAGAACGUCCUUCGUCGGGUACACUACAACGUGAACACAGUGGGACUCACAUGCGAAGAAAAGGGCCGGGAAGUCUACUGGAAGCAAGCGCCAUACUUUGAGUCCUCGCUUCAGAAAGAGUUCAUCUUCCCUAAAACAAAGCUGUAAUAGCCCGGAGGAUCCAACUGUCACAAGGUUACCUAGGAGUUGAUGCGUCCAGUGUUAUUAUCAUCAUCAUAAUCAUCAAUCAUCAGCAGCAGAAGAAAAAGCAACAAUGUUGACAGACAGAGAAAUAAUUCAAAACAAGAGUAAUAGUGAGAAAUAUAAUUCACGGAAAAUGGACAGGCCCAGAGUAUGAGACAGAGAAGAGAGAUUUCUACUGGCUCACCUUUAAAGAUAUCCUUAUCUGUGAGACACAAGUGGCACUGAUAAGCAGUAACUAAUAACAUGUAACAACUAAUGAUUAACCAUUGAUUGCACAAGUGAUAAUGAUCAACACCAAACAUAAGAAAUUAGAGUAGCUGUACCAAUGAUCAUAAAUAUUUGAAUCACGCAUAGUACUACAGGAUAUAUGAAACACAAUUUUAGUAAGUAACUUCAUUAUUAUUAUUAUUAUAUUCAUAAGGAACAGGGGGUAAUGAGAUGUGAUUCAGGAAAGGUAAAAACAGCUUCAGUUUCUUAAAUUUAAGUAUGCCUUCUUAAAGGAAAUAAUUCAGCCCAAACUCUUCAUAUAACCUAUAGUAUUGGCCAUGUGUGCUGAAUCUUGAGGAUUACUAUUAUAAUGAAAAAAGAAGCACUAAACCCACUAGGGUCAUACGGCACUGGUGAAUCUUAGGGAAACCCAAACCAUACUGCAAUAGUUUACAAGUUUCAUUUUUCCAAUUCCUUGGGAGUCUGGGACUCUCUUUCAUAAAUGACCAAAAUCCAUUUAAUUUAGCAUAUAUAUCUUAAAAUGAGGGGGAGGGGGUUACCCAUAUUCCUUAAACUGCACUGUUCAAAUGUGGUGAAAGUGAAAAAUGUCAUUAUUUUGUCAAUAUGAAUUAAUAUUAGUUUUCAUAUACCAUGAGUGUAUUAAAUAUUCCCAAAGAUACGAAAACAGUUUACUCGUCAAAAAAUCAUUGUAAGUGGUAACAGUAACCUCACAGUUAUUUUAGAGCUUUAAGGUAUGGAGGAAAUAUUUAAAAUAUUGUAUUUCAAAUUAUCUUAUAAUGUUGAAUGGUUAAACUUUAAAGGAGGGGUUUGGGAUAUAGGCAGUUUGGAGGGAUUUUUAAAUUGUCUUAUCUGAGUGCCUCUGCAAAGACAGUGAUUGUGUAUGAGUGAUGUGAAAGUGUUGAAUGAUGAUGAAAGUAUUUUUCUUUUUGGGGAUUUUCUUUCUUUUUGGGUCACCCUGCCUCGGUGGGAGACAACCGAAGUGUUAAAAAAAAAAUAUACGCAUGUGUAUAUAUAUAUAUACAUAUACACAUGUAUAUAUGUAUAUAAAAUGUAUAGCAUCUGCAAAAUAAGAAGUAAUCUGGAUUAAUCCAAGGUAGGAAAGAGUAGCUCCACCCAGUUCCUUGGAUCAAGAGCCCUUCACUGGCAUCAUGGUAAUACCCCUUCCCGGAGGGUAAUUUCUUACAUGUACGUAUUAAAAAAUAAAAUGCAAAAUACGUAGGUUAUUCACUUUGUACAUUAUCUAUUCACUAUCAUAUUGCAUGCUAACUGUAACUAUUUUAAUAAAGAAUGCUAAAAAAGAA